AUGCACUUCCCCCGUGUCCUCGAGACACUGUAUAUAUGUGGCUUAAUACGGACGUACGGAGUGCAUCAGCGCCGACACUGGUUCGACGAGGCGAGGCGAGUUUUCGAAAUAAAUCCUUCCGUCCGCACGUCACGACGCAGCUUCACCGUCAUCGGCGUUCUCCAUCUGCUCGUCUUGGUUGGCCUUUUCGCCCUCAGCACGGCCGAGGCGCGGACUUUCUGUCCUACUGGCUGUACUUGCGACGAUGACACCUUGGUGGUUUCCUGCGUGGGCGCCAAUCUAGACGUAAUUCCUAUUGCGCUGAAUCCAAGCAUCCAGCGAAUAGUGUUGAAGGAGAAUCGCAUCAAGAUCGUGGAUGCAGCAGCCUUCCAGUUCUACGGUGACCUGAAGAACGUCGAUCUCUCCAGCAACCACCUGUUUACUAUACCUAAUGGCAGUUUUGACGCUCAACGACACCUUGUGGAGCUCCAUCUGAAGCACAACAAGAUCUCAGCGCUGACCGAGAAAACGUUCCAGGGUCUCAAAUCCCUUACGGUGUUGAAUCUGCGGGAUAACUAUCUGGAGAUGCUGAAAAACGGCCUGUUCGCUUACUUGUCGAAGCUCGAAGAGCUUGAUUUGGGUCAGAAUCGCAUAUCGAAAGUGGAACCAGGGGCGUUUCAAAAAUUAGGCACCCUUCGGGUACUGUAUCUCGACGAUAAUCAAUUGCGAACCGUUCCGUCGCCAGCCCUGGCACCAUUGAAUGCCCUCGCCGAGCUUCACAUCGGUUGGAACGCUUUCUCAUCGUUACCAGACGACGCGUUCAAAGGCCUCGAACAAUUGUCGGUGCUGGACAUCAUGGGCGCCGGACUAGACAAUAUCAGCGACGGAGCGUUUCGCGGCCUGAAUGCCCUCCGUACCCUGAAACUUGGUGCUAACAAACUGCGCGAAGUACCAACGAAACAGUUGGCCGUGUUGCCACGUCUUGAGGAGCUCACCUUAGGUCAGAAUUUCUUCACGAUUCUGCGAUCAGGAGCUUUCCAAGGUCUAUCAACGUUGAAGAAGCUCGACGUAUCCGGCGCCAAGUUACUUACCACCGUGGAGAAGGGGGCCUUCUCGGACAACGCUAAUCUGGAGACUCUUGUAUUAAACAGUAACAAACGGCUGGCUGUUAUGGAGGAAGGUUCUUUGGCCGGUUUACCAAAUCUGAGACAUCUAAUGCUGCGUGACAAUGCCUUUAUCACAUUCUCAGAGUCGCUGGUUGCUUGGAACGAACUGCGCCGUUUGGAUCUCAGUGAGAAUCCGUUAGUGUGUGACUGCAGUCAAUUAUGGCUAGCUGAGAUACUCGUCCCGAGGAACUCGAGCCCGGUGAUAUGCGCCGAGCCGCCUGAAUCCAAGAGCAAGCCCAUCAAGGGCAUGACCGCAGACGAGCUAGGCUGCGCCUUCUCGGAUUCGCGCAAGCAGGUUCUAAUAGUGACAGUGUGCACCACCGGACUAGGCCUUUUCUUUGGUCUUUUAUUGCUCCUAUACUAUCGAUAUCGUAGACGCGUACGAGACGCGCUCAAAGAUUACAAAUGGAAGAACCGUGCGAUAUCACGAAAAGAGCACGAGUACCAGAAGACUUUCUCUGAUGACGAGUACAUUGUCCGUUCAGCACACGCCCACCAUCAUCACCAUCAUCAUCAAACACCGCCGUCUCAGCCGGUGCCUACGCAUCACCAUCAUCAUCAUCUUCAGCAGCUGCAGCAACAACAACAGCAACAACAGCAACAUGCUCAGAUAGCGGCUGGUAUCAAGCCAAUACCGGUGACGGAGCUCACCACCCUCGCCGAGGGCUUCACCUACAUCGACGGUGAGACGGCGCGCCAGAUGCGCCGCCCGGGGACGCUGCCCGUCACGAACAACGCAUCCGGUCACCGCGGAGGAGGAGGUAGCGGCGGUAGUGGAGGAGGUGGAGGUAAUGGAACGGGAGGAGGGCUCAGAGGCGUCAUAGACGACGGUACAGCAUCGCUGAGCGCAGCGUCGAUCGACGGAGUCACGUCUAACAGCGCGAGAUCCCAUUACUCCAGUCACUCCCUGCGCCGAACGCCGCAUUCGCAACCGCAACUCUCUGCCAGAGAGUCGGACGAUCGGAUACGAACUCUGGAGUCCGGACUUCAAAACGGAGUGCCAGUCGGUAGCCGCCAUCAGUCGUCACCGCCACCGCUACCCUCCAGGCAUCAGUCCAACUGCGGCCAGUCCUCGUAUCCCACUCUGCCGGUCAACGGCCACGCUGCUCAUCACUACCAUCACCACACAAGAGAACGAGAGAAAGAUAGAUCGUCUGCUCGCGAAAGAAAUCGUGAGCGAGACGGCGGUCCGCCGCCACCGCCUCCACCACCGCCACCGGUAACGUCGCAUCGGUCUGAUAAGCACAGGGAGACCCAACUGGAGAUGGAGUUGCGCGACAAUCUGGACAUGAGCGUGAUUGGCACGUACCGAGCGUAGAUAAUAAAUCGAACGCGUUACGUUACAGAUAGGCAAACAGUAAAUGGGAUCUGUAGUCGAGAAAAACCGUGAUCGCACGAUUACCGUGAACUUCUCCAUUGUUUCAUAUGGUAUGAAGAAAUUGACAAUUUGAAAAGAUGAAGAAGACCAGUGGAGACCAAUCAGAAGAAAGUUCCUUUCGUCGCGCAAUACAAAAAGAAUAAAAACUGUUAAAACGGGAAGAAGACUGACCAUGCUGACGAAGAAUAUCAAGAAGCGAGACCAAAAAAAAUCGCACUAAAGUGCGAUUGCCAUAUCGUCACGAUAUACAAUCUAUUCAAGACUCCUAUUCGUAUACGAUCGAAAUAUUAGUAUCAUCGUGGAUCGGCCAUUGUGGAUCAAUUUUACGA